UUUUCAAACAGUUAGAAACACACAAAAAAUAAAAGGACAGUUAUUUUCAACACUUAAAGACAAAAAUAUUUACAUUUUAGACCGACAACACAUUUAUAUUAAUCUGAUAUUAUACGUGUCAUAUAAUCAUUAAAUAAUAUGUUAGUAAACCAUCGAUCGGUUGUAUUGGUGUCGGUGCUGAUGUUGACAACGGUUUUGAUCAAUCACUCGAUGUAUGGUUACGAUGACUGGUGUUCGCAAAUGGGAGUCACUAUUAAGGACUACAAUGUGUUUAACUUCAGAAACUAUGCAAUAGUUGCCAUCGAUUACGGCCUGACAUUGGAUUAUUGGUCAAUAUAUGAUGGACAUCCGGGUCAGCCAAAGAAAAUCACAUUAAUGGAUGGCAGCGUCGAUAUCGAUCAAUACUGGAACACUUUAUUCAGUUCGGUUAAGUAUUCAAUUACUUUCUGGUCGCCUCCGUGUCCCGACCCGACUGCCGGCGAUGUCAGCUACUGUAACAUUCAUCGCCCUUUGCUCGACUCACUGGUGGUAAUCGGUGGAAAAGCCAAGUUCAACGAUUCACUGAGGACAACGUUUAUGUCUUUCCAUUAUAAACUAUUGGAUGGCAAUUCAUCUGGAGUUAGUGGUCCAACAAAUCCCGAUAUUGAACAGGUGACCAGCGAACAGAGUAUGCCGUUCUACUGGUAUAGCUUUGGCAGCGAAAAAAUGCUGGCCGAAGUCGGCUCACUAAACAGUGCUAUCUUUCCCGUACUGCCGGACGGCUAUGAAUAUCGAUCGGCUGCGUGGCUAACACUUACGGGGUCGGGUGCCAACAGCACACAGCGCGGCCUACAGUGUGUCCUAUUGUUGGAAACCAAAAAUCCGAAACAAUUCCAGCUUAUGUAUCGCUAUCAUGUGAUGGACCGCAGUUUGGAUCCGCCCUAUUGGACUAAAUGGCAACAAAGUACAGCCAAUGUCGGCGAACCGUUGACAGUACUGUUCGCACUGAACAAUACCAUCUAUGCGUUGGGCCCGACAACGAUGCUCAAGUCGACCAAUGUUUACGCUGCUAUUGACGGCGAUCCUAACAAAUUCAAACUUAUAUAUAACGACUUUAUCAACUUUAUCGGCCAGUGUCGGGCAACUCCUUCGACAGAGACACCAUUGGACACAACAACAACAACAACAAAGUCAGCCAAUGACAGUGGCCAGACAUCGCCGACAAUGACAAUAACGACCACCACUACUACUAAAGACUCGGACGACUCUCUAAAUCAACUAUUCGUUGUGAUUGUUGUCUCUGUCAUUGUAUUAGUGAUAAUCUGUUGUCUGGUAUUGUUUGGUAUAUUGGGUUACAUGAAAAUACAAAAAAAUAAAAGAAAACACGACUUCAGUGGUAAGACUCAGAAAUUGGUGUCGACAUCGAAAUAUGGUUCAAACAAAAGGCAAAAACAAAAUAAAAAACAAUUGCAAAGAACAUUGAGCUCCGGUAUGGAGAAAACAGCCAGGUCUGAUGAUCAACCAAAUGAUUAGGAUUUUUUUUAAUUAGUUUUUUUUUUGUUUGUUUA